UGGCCUUGCGAUGAGGCCGGGCGGAGGAAGGAGGAGCUUCCUCCCCUUCUCCCCUCUUCCCUUCCCAGGCAUCCGCGAUUAUCGGCAUCGCUGCUCGCGAAGGCAGAAGAGGAAAAGGAGGAGGAAAGCGAGGCAGCAGGAGCAGCACAAUGAUGUGGAGCAGCCUUGUCGUCGUCGCCUUCGCCCUCCUGGCAGGAACGGUCUCGGGGCUCCAGGCGGAGGGAGAGCCAGUAAGCAAAUCCAAAAUCUGUGCCAAUGUCUUCUGUGGAGCAGGUCGGGAGUGUGCUGUGACCGAGAAGAAUGAGCCAACCUGCCUGUGUAUUGAGAAAUGUAAAGCUCACAAGAGGCCUGUUUGUGGCAGCAAUGGCAAGACGUAUCUGAACCAUUGUGAGCUACAUCGUGAUGCUUGCCUCACAGGUUCCAAGAUCCAGGUAGACUAUGAUGGCCAUUGCAAAGAAAAGAAGCCAGAGAACUCAGCUGCAAGUCCUGUUGUCUGCUAUCAGACUGACCGAGAUGAACUCCGCCGUCGGGUCAUCCAGUGGCUUGAAACUGAGAUCAUUCCCGAUGGUUGGUUCUCCAAAGGCAACAACUAUACAGAAAUCCUAGACAAGUAUUUCAAGAAUUUUGAUGAUGGAGAUUCUCGGCUGGACUCCAGUGAGUUCCUCAAGUUCGUGGAACAAAAUGAAACAGCUGUCAAUAUCACUACCUAUGUAGAUCAAGAGACAAACAAGCUGCUCAGGGGACUCUGUGUGGAUGCACUGAUUGAACUCUCAGACGAAAAUGCUGACUGGAAGCUUAGCUUCAAUGAAUUUUUGAAGUGCCUCAAUCCAACCUUCAACCCACCAGAAAAAAAAUGUGCCUUGGAAGAUGAAACAUAUGAGGAUGGAGCAGAGACCCAAGUGGAGUGCAAUCGAUGUGUCUGUGCUUGUGGGAACUGGGUAUGCACUGCCAUGACCUGUGAAGGUAAGAAUGAGAAGAUGUCUUCUCAAGGGCAGCACCAUGAAGAUACGUUGACUGAAGAAGAGCUGGCUAGAUAUGUUCAGGAACUGCAAAAGCACCAGGAGACAUCUGAGAAGCUCAAGCAAAUGGCCACCAAAGAGAUCUAAGAGGAAAACCAAUGAAACUGUCCCAAAGGCCGGGUGUAUUUCCUGACUCACCUACCUGUGUUCCUUCAGUGCUGAUUUCAAUAUGCAAAUGUGUUUAGGACUUAUUGAUCAGUCACAGAUAUUUACAUUCUAUAGCAUUGAGAGGGAGGCAAAGAAAAGAUGGGAUGGAUUAUUUUGGAAUUUAAAAGAAACCCUUCUGUAUUAUGGUUUCUAGAGUGAGGAUGAGGAGUUGCACUAAUGGGGAUUAGGGAGGGCAGCAAACCAUUCCAACUUUCGAUCUCUUGGAAUUUGGAGGAAGCAUCACUGUUACUAUCUGUAAUCACAGCUUCUGUGAGACUUUGUGGUGAUGUCUUGCCCAACAAAUUUCCCUGAUAGCUUAUAAUUGCUUUUGCACAACAGUGGCUGUAAGUGGAGGAAUGUGGGAGGCAAAGGCAUGUGACUGAGCAUUCUUUGCCAUAUUGUUAUGUCUCACAAUGCCCCAUCAUGACACCUUGUUUUUCUCUUUUUACACAUAGACAUCCUUCAUAUCCUCCCUUCUCUCUUCCCCCGCCCCUUCGUACCUUGUCUCCACCAGCACAGAAUCUAUAGUCCAUUUUUUUGCUGUUGCGGAUGAGGUUUCCUAGCGCAUGCAGAUCAAGCCUCCCCUCUUUGCCAAAAGCUAAAUCACCCCAGUGCAUUGUCAGUCCAAAGUGACCUCAUUUUCUUUCCUCCUCUCUUUGCAAAGGUGCUACAGUAUAUUUUCUUAUCACACUCUUACACUGAGUCUUUGUAAUUAAUGACUUUUAACUGAGCUUUUUGUAUCUUUGAUUUAUAGAUAUUGUUUAUAGUUACUGCAAAAUGCUGUACUUUCUGGGUGUGUGCUUUGUAUUAUAGCUGCAUAUAUCAAAGAAGCAGAAUCAAUGCAGCAUCAAGGGCACCCAGAACAUUUGGGACUAUUCUGGAUUUAAUUUUUCAGUGUCCCUUAUGCUAAAAAAAAUCCAUGGUAUGUGCAUGAUAGCUCACAGGGAAGCCUGUUGCCUUUCUGCACAGAUUAUUCUUUCAAGGAUGUGAAAUAUUCCUGUGACUUUGCUUCAGUAGGAGUUGAGAUCCAGUCCUGUUAACUGAAACGAAAGAAGCAGAAGUAUUUGUCUCAUGCAUAGUUUGGUGAUCCCUGUGUUUUAGAACAGUGCAUCUCCAGGUGUUUUGGACUUCAGCUCCCAGAAAUCCCAGCCAGUUUAUCAGCUGUUUGGAAUGGUAGGAGCUGAAGUCCAAAACAUCUGGAGGAGCACAGUUGAGAAAUACUGCUCUAGAGAGGUUAGAUGAAGUUGUCUUUCCUCUUAAUUCUGCAAACAAUUUUGGAUACUGCCACCACUAUGUUGAGUAAAUUCCCGUUGCUUUCAUUUGUGGCACUGCUACUGUAAUUUCCAGAAUGGACUAGCAACAGCUGGGAUUUGCAAGAUAACCCAAAAUAUUUGACAGCUUAUUCCAUACAGGGAGAAGAUAAAACUAGUCACCAAGAAAAGCCAGGGGAGUGAUGAAGCCUGUUGUUAUUACUUGGUGUAAGAUCCAUGCUGUUUAAUAAUUUUGACAAUAAAAGCAGGGGACUCAAUCUCCUCUCAUUGAUAUGAUAAA